CAUGGUGCACCGCACCGGAACCACAAUAUAAGUAUGCCCCCUUCCCUACCCUUCACCCAGGAUGAAUGCGACGACGACGACGAUGAGGACAUGUUCGUAGACUCCCACUCCCACCAGUCAACCAGCCCAAUCACUGCCAGCAUGUCCGACACCACCCCACCAUUGCCCCCAUUCCCGAGCACUUACGAGCAGCACCUCGCCAUGGAGCGUCGAGUCGGUAGUUUUUCCGCGGGGAGCGAGGCCCUGGGCGGGUGCGUCUUUCCGAGCACGAGCGAUACGGCGCAGCGGGAUAUCCGCGAAGUGGACGAUGACGGCGGGUGCAUGGACACUUCAGACGAUUGCGCCGCGGUGACGAGGGCGGCGGGGGCCGGAGAGGAAGAGGAUGAACACGGGCCCACGAAACCGCCGCUCGGGGAGAGGUUUUCAAAGGAUGAAGAGAAUGUUGGCGCCCCUCCCUCUUCCGCCUGUUCUUUCUUCUCAAGUUUUUGCUCUUCUUCUCCUUCACCCUCCUCCCGUUCCCCUUGCCCCCCUCGCCCCCCUACCUUCUGCUCCUCCUCCUCUGCACUGCAAAAUAUCCGCACCCGUCACCGCCUCUGCCGCCGCAAAGCUAACCACCGCGCCAACCCUACUGCCGUUUCCGCACCGCAGCGCCUCCUAACAGAAUCCACCUCCUACCGCAUCUCGGGGAACCGUCUGUUCAACUCCAACUUUCUCCUCCCCGCGCUCGACGCUUACAAGCUCGCGCUGACCUCUUGCCCAAUCUACCUGGUCCAAGAGGUGGCGACUAUAUACGCCAACAUCGCCGCGGUGGAAUUGAAGCUGCAGCGCUAUCCCGCUGCCGUCAAAUCCGCGACCAAAGCAUUGGAAGGGCGGCCGCGCUGGGGGAAGGCAUUGUACAGGAGGGCACGGGGUAGGGAGGGGAUCGGCGGGUGGGCGGAGCUAGAGGGGGCGUUGGAGGAUUACAAGGCUGUUGAGGGCUUGGCCGCUGGCGCUGGGGGCGCACCGGCGGGGGGGAUCGGCGAGAAGGAACUGGAGAUUGUCAAGGAGAAGAUUCGCUGGCUGCCCGGCAGGAUCGAUGAGGUCAAGGACGCGGAGACGGCGGAGGUUGUGGGGAAGUUGAAGCAGAUGGGCGAAGGGUUACUCAGGCCUUUCGGGAUUAGCACUAGCGAUUUUGGAAUGGUCAAGGGCGCGGAUGGGGCGUAUAGUCUUCAAUUUCGCAGGUCG